ACCGCUAAACCGAAUUGUCGUCCUCCCUCCAGCUCCAACUCCAAAACGACUCGUCGUUUCAACCUCCUUCUCCGUCUCCACCUCCUCCUCCUCCUCCCUCUCCCCAAAACGUACUCCGUGAUUGACUGCAACGACCGUUAAAUUCUUCCGAUUCUCUUCUGAAGCAGCCCAACCUGACCCAACAGUAUUCAACUCUCCUUCAUUCCCCUUCCUAAACCCUUCAUCGAGAAGAUCAAGAACCCAACGAAGGCGGAGGUGGGAGAAGAGAGAGGGUGAAGGAGAUCCGGAUGAGAUGAGACCCCAGAAGAAGCCGAUCCACGUCGUGUCUACAUGGGUCCGGAGGCAGCCCCCAAAGGUGAAGGCUUUCCUCGCCGUCGUCUCCGGCAUGGCCGCCCUCGUGCUCCUCCGAUUCAUCGUCCACGACCACGACAACCUCUUCGUCGCCGCCGAGGCUGUUCACUCCAUCGGCAUCGGCGUCCUCAUCUACAAGCUCAUGAAGGAGAAGACUUGUGCUGGCUCCCCUGCUCCGGUGGGUCAUCGUCGGAUUGCGGCUUUGUUCCCAAUACUUUUGGUUUCCCAGCUGAGUUUCGGUGAUUACGAGCUUUCGGGACUAUCACUCAAAUCGCAGGAAUUAACAGCUAUGUUCUUAGCUGUUAGGUUGUACUGCAGCUUUGUCAUGGAGUAUGACAUACACACUCUCCUUGAUUUAUCUACAUUCGCGGCUACGCUGUGGGUUAUUUAUAUGAUCCGCUUCAAUUUGAGGUCCAGUUACAUGGUAGACAAAGAUAACUUUGCUAUAUAUUAUGUGGUUAUUCCCUGUGCUGUUUUGGCUCUUUUUAUUCACCCAUCAACUUCACAUCACUUAGUGAACCGCAUCUUCUGGGCAUUCUGUGUCUACCUUGAAGCCGUCUCUGUGCUGCCCCAACUUCGCGUUAUGCAGAACACAAAGAUUGUCGAACCAUUUACCGCACACUAUGUGUUUGCAUUGGGUGUGGCGAGAUUUUUAGCCUGUGCUCAUUGGGUCCUCCAGGUCUUAGACAGCCGUGGGCACUUGCUGGUUGCUUUGGGAUAUGGACUAUGGCCCUCUAUGGUUCUUAUCUCGGAAAUCGUCCAAACCUUCAUCUUAGCAGAUUUCUGUUACUACUACGUCAAAAGUGUGCUCGGAGGGCAGCUUGUUCUACGUCUUCCCUCUGGGGUGGUGUGACCUGAGAGAUCCAGUUCUACUGUGAUGUAAGAUCAUUAACUUAAUCUGGCGAGGGAGCUCUGAUGUUUCGAUCAGAAAUUUCAUCAAGGGGUGAGGUUUUAUCGUCAUGGUCUGUAAGCCAAGUCUCGACCAUUUGUAAAAAGACAGGGAUAGAGGUGGGGGCUUCGGGGUUUUCCUAUGUUUGGCCAACAAAAAGCUCCGUUGGAUAUAUGAAGUAUUAUUGACAUUGUUUCGGCUUUAGUGAUUCUGGUGCAAAAUGGCUUUACGUUCUUAUA